AUGCGUUUCCCUCAACCUCUUGCCUUUAUUGGGGGCGCUGACCCCCUCCUACCACCCACAGCACCCUCUCACCACCCACAGCCCCCUCCUACCACCCACAGCCCCCUCCUACCACCCACAGCCCCCUCCUACCACCCACAGCCCCCUCCUACCACCCACAGCCCCCUCCUACCACCCACAGCACCCUCUCACCACCCACAGCCCCCUCCUACCACCCACAGCCCCCUCCUACCACCCACAGCCCCUCCUACCACCCACAGCCCCCUCCUACCACCCACAGCCGCCUCCUACCACCCACAGCACCCUCUCACCACCCACAGCACCCUCUCACCACCCACAGCCCCCUCCUACCACCCACAGCACCCUCUCACCACCCACAGCCCCCUCCUACCACCCACAGCCCCCUCCUACCACCCACAGCACCCUCCUCACCACCCACAGCCCCCUCCUACCACCCACAGCCCCUCCUACCACCCACAGCCCCUCCUACCACCCACAGCCCCUCCUACCACCCAUAGCCCCCUCCUACCACCCACAGCCCCCUCCUACCACCCACAGCACCCUCUCACCACCCACAGCCCCUUCCUACCACCCACAGCCCCUCCUACCACCCACAGCACCCUAUCACCACCCACAGCCCCUCCUACCACCCACAGCACCCUCUCUACCACCCACAGCCCCUCCUACCACCCACAGCCCCCUCCUACCACCCACAGCACCCUCUCACCACCCACAGCCCCUCCUACCACCCACAGCCCCUCCUACCACCCACAGCCCCCUCCUACCACCCACAGCCCCUCCUACCACCCACAGCACCCUCUCACCACCCACAGCCCCUCCUACCACCCACAGCCCCCUCCUACCACCCACAGCACCCCACCCCCACACUCCCUCCUCACGCCCGACCCCCCAACUAGCUGA